GGUUCGAGGUUCUUUCUCUUUGGGGAAAGUUUUGGCAGGUCUUUCAUUUAUAGGUCACCAUAAGUCUGUCUGUCUCAUCAUACGGUUUUCAAGGAAGAAGAUGGUGUUCUUGCUGACCAGAAGGACUCAGAAAUUCCUGCCUUGUUUAGUAAAUUUAAGAAAGGUUAAUCGUUGCCUCGUCACAGGCAAGAGAUGCCAGCUGUGCCACACUGCCCAAGCAUCAGCUGCUGACAGCCCCAGGGGAGAGGAAACAUCUUAUCCGCUAUAUCCAGGCCACAUCCCGACCAGCCCUCUGCAGAAAGCCCUGCUGGCUGCCGGCUCAGCGUGUAUGGCUCUCUACAAUCCUUACCGGCAUGACAUGGUGGCCGUUCUUGGGGAGACCACGGGCUACCUUGCCCUGCACAACCUCCGGGAGAGGAUGAAGAAAGACCCUGAGGGACAUCGGAUCCUACAAGAGCGGCCUCGGAUACGUCUUUCCACGCUGGAUAUCACUGGCCUUCAGGCACUUCCAGAGGGGACGUUUGGCCGGGAAUAUGUUCGCUUUUUGGAUGACAACAGAGUGUCUCCGGACACGAGGAUGCCUACCAAAUUUGUAGACGACGAGGAACUGGCCUAUGUAGUCCAGCGGUACCGAGAAGUCCAUGAUCUGAUGCACACACUCCUUGGAAUGCCUACCAACAUGCUAGGGGAGGUUACAGUAAAGUGGUUUGAGGCCGUCCAGACUGGCCUGCCUAUGUGUGUUCUGGGAGCACUGUUUGGCCCUGUUCGUCUUAAUGCAAGGAAACUUUACGUCCUGACUACUGAUCUCAUACCAUGGGCUGUACAGAGCGCAAGCAACGCCAGCUGCAUCCUACAUUUCUAUUAUGAGAACCGCUGGGAGCAAACAGUGGAGUCCCUCCGCAACGAAAUCGGGAUCCUGCCACCUCCUGUGAUUUCUGUGUGAAUUCAUGCUGAGGAAAAGGAGUAAAUUCUGGAUACAGCACCCUCCCCAAAACAAUGGAUUGAAUCCUGGCACACAUGAAAUGCUUUGGGUCAGCUAGAGUAUGGAUCAUCCAGCUGAGAGAGACUGAUCAAGAGCUAUUGAUUUGGUAAUUUUUGUAUUAAAAAAGAGAGACUGAAUUCAACCCCAUAAGUGGGUGUUGAAUUAUGCAGACGUCCCGUUUGUACCCCCUCCCCCAGCUGUAGCAGUAAAUCAUGGAGAGAGACAUGUUCUGCAGAGAAUGGAACAUAACAUGCCAUGUAUUGGCUUUAUUUAUUUAUUUAGGAUAUUUCUAUGCCACCUCUUCAGAGUUCUGCUUAGGGCUGCUUACAAUCGAAAACAUCACAAUAUAAAAACAAGCCAUUAAAAGCAUUCCACUGGAGACAAGCAGCAUAAAAACUGUCGUACUACAGACAUCCUAGGAGGGGCAGAAAAACUGUCCCUCUGUGCAAGAAGCUCUCCCUGCCAUGGUUCCUUCUUGUGCAGGAGUAGGGAAGAACAGUCUGUGAAAUAGAUGUUCCCUGAAGAAUGAAGGGACAAGGGAAUCUUCAGGAACUGACCGCCACUGCUACAACAGAGACUUGUUCUGUACCCUGAGGUUUGAAUUCUCUAAUAAAUCCUUCUUGCAAACA